AAGUCAGACAUCAGAUGUGAUCGUGUACCAGAUCUUUGGUUUUGAAGGUGAAACUCUGCCCUACUCUCUGACCAUCAUCGAUACUCCUGGAUACGGAAGCACCAAAGAAACUGAACAUGAUGACAUCAUCAGUCAGAGAUUAUUAGACUGGUUCCGCUCAGGAGAAGUUCAUGAGAUGAAUGCAGUGGGUCUGGUGCUGAAAGCAACUGAGAAUCGACUGGAUGAGCGACUGAGGUACAUCUUUGAUUCAGUGGUGUCUCUGUUUGGAAAAAACAUGGAGAAGAACAUUGUUGCUCUCCUCACACACUCAGAUGGUCUGACACCUGAAAAUGUUCUGAAAGCUCUUGAUGCUGCAAACAUUAAGAUAGCCAAAGAUAAGGAGAAUGAGCCUGUUCAUUUUAUGUUUAAUAACCGCCAGGACACAGGGAGAACAAAGAAGAAUAAGGAUGCUUUUAAAGGUCCAUGGGAUGUAACAAUGGAAGGAAUGGAUCAGUUCACAGAGUUUCUGGAAAAAACUGCACCUCAGAAUCUGAUGGCAACUAUUGAAGUGUUGAAGGCUCGAAUCAGACUGACAGCCUGCAUCCAAAACCUGAAAGAGAGAGUUGAGUUCACUGAACAGAAACAGAGAGAAAUCCAACAGACUCAGGAAACUCUGAAGAAACAUGAAGAAGAGAAGAAGAGAAAUGAAGAAUUCCUUGAACUAAAACAGAGAGAAAACCAACAGACUCAGGAAGCUCUGAAGAAACAUGAAGAAGAGAUGAAGAGAAACGAAGAGUUCAUUGUAGAAUUUGAUGAAGUCUACAAAGUGAAACAAAAAAUUGAUGAGAGGAGGUGGUGGUGGUUGUGGUUAAAUUAUGGAGGAGCUGUCUGCUGUACAGUCUGUGAGGAGAACUGUCACUAUCCUGGAUGCACAUAGCCUGGAGUCCUGAACGCUGUGAGGUCAUGAAAGGUGGCCGCUGCACUUCAUGUACCAGGAAGUGUCCUGUAUCAGAUCAUGUGAAAGAAAAGUGGAUCUAUGUGACCGAGACAAAGAAAGUUCAGAAGACCCUGAAAGAUGUGAAAGAGAAGUAUGAAAGAGGUAAAGCAGGAUGUGAGGAGAACUGUCACUAUCCUGGAUGCACACUGGCCCAGAAUCCAGAAAGCUCUGAUGUCAUGAAAGGUGGCCGCUGCACUUCAUGUACUGGGAAGUGUCCUGUAUCAGAUCAUGUGAAAGAAAAGAUCUAUGUGAAUGAGACAAGCAAAGUUCAGAAGACCCUGCAAGAUGUGAAGGAGAAGUAUGAAAGAGGUAAAACUGGCUGUGAGGAGACACAAGCCUUUUGGAAACUUUAGAAAAGCAAAUGGAAAAACUUCAGAAAGAUAAAGAUCAGAUGUUGGAAAAGUCCUUCAAACAUGUUGUCAGACUGGAUCAGAUCGCCCUGAAUGUUGUUUCACUGUCCACUCAUGUCCACUUGGACUUCCUGAUUGAGAAGAUGAAGGAGAAAGGAGACGCAGAGAAGGUCCAGAAACUGGAAGAGAUGAAAAGUCGAGAAGAUAAAGGAACCAGAGCAGGACUGCGGUACAUGUCUGCUAAACUUACAGCAGCUGGUAAAGCAGUUAAAGCAGCAGUGAUGUAGCAGGUGAACACCAUCAGUGUGAGCAGCAGCUGUGUAGAAAACAAGCUCUACACUGUUGAUCCAGAUGUUUAAACAUCACAAAGCGAGGAGUGAGGACGCCCCCUGGUGUCUCAUGCUGAGUACAACAGCUCCCUCCCUCCCCCACAUCACAAACUAAACACAGUCAGAUCCUGUUGGACUAAAUCCAUUUAUUUUUUCUCUUCUAAUCAUGUUUUCUCCACUAUGAUUGUGUUUGUGCUUGUAUGAAUAGACGUGUCUUAUAUAUCCACCAUGAUGUCACAAUGUUGAAGCUGUUGGGAAACUAAAGUGAACUCAUUAUAAAGGAGUUUAGCCUGGAGGGGGGUUGAAACCUCUUCCUGUGUUCUGAGAGUGUUAAUAAUAUCUUAAUAUCUUUCUCAAUAAUAAAGAAGAUUCCAGUUAAUGUGUGUUGUAUCAAAGUCCUAUAAGAGCUGAGGACAGACUGCCUCUCCUCAGUCACACCUGUGUAAUGCUGAUGAUGCUCUGACCUGCAAACAAUAAAGAUCUGCUGACAUUAUGAA